AUGCAAAUAGAAAACCCUGAUGAGCUGUUAGAUGCUAAACCCAAUGAAUGUGAUGAAUGUUUCAACAUCAUGGAUCAACUACAAGGACUGCAACAAAAUACAUUAGAGCAAUUAGUUAAAAAUGCAAAGACAAAAAUAUGGACUACAAGUUCACCUUCAGGUUCUAAAAAGAUUACUAAUAUGUUUUCUUUGAAGAAUAUUGAAGUUUUUGAGUUAUAUAUUGAAAAUUAUAAUUUUACAUUUGAUGACAUAUACAAUAGUAGUGAUAACAAUAAUAGUAAAUUUACAUUAGAAUCUUUAGAUUUAUUGUUAAAAAAUAAGAGUGAUGAUUUGCAGCUUAGAAUGACUCUUCUUCUCCAUGAAGAUUUUAAAUUACGAGUUACUGAAUAUUUGCAUACAUAUAAAUUUACAUUGAGGAUUGCUGAAUUUGUAAAAUUCAUUGAGGAUGAGAUUAUUCCACCUUUACUUUUAUCUGAAAUUGUUCUUAUUACCCAGAAUGAGUCAUUAUUUUAUGCCAAGGAUGGUGCUGUUAAGGCCUGA